CUAGGCGGAAUAUUAAUUUAUUCGUCCACGGCUAUUCGCGCAGACCCCCAACAGGGCGUUCCCUCCCCGUUACCGCCCCCUGCCGGUCCGGCCCCCGCACUGGUGCUGCUCCUAAUUGCCGGCGGUUCGUCCUUCAUUUGAUAAGACAAGGAAAAAAAAAAAAAAAAAAAAAAAAAGGAAAAAUGGAGCGAGCGCUGGGGUCUGGAUGCGAAGUAUAAAAUCUCAGCAGGAUUCAUACGCACGUGUUGUUUUUAUGAACACAACCGUAUUUUCCGUGUACAAAUUAGACCGCGUCGUUUGAAAAAGGAGAAAAAAAAAAAAAGAUGGAUCAUAGACGGAAGAAGAAGCUGACCUUUGUCACGAUUCUGUUAAUCUUCCUUCUUAGUGGAGUCGAGUACGCUGUGAUCCUGCCAACCAUAUGGAGGUAUCUUCAGACUCUAGAAGCAGCACCAUACUUUCUGGGUCUUGGCUUGUCAGCGUUCAGCCUGAGCGGACUCCUUUCGGGACCCCUGUUUGGCUACUGGUCUGACAGGACUCGCUCCACCAAGGGCAUUAUUCUGUUCGCAAACCUUUUUGAGAUUGUGGGGAACUUUAUGUAUUUCAUGGGCUACUCAAAGUGGUUGCUGUUGUCCAGUCGUUUUGUAGCAGGUAUUGGUACAGGUGCUGGCUCAUCCAUUUUUGGAUAUCUGACUCGCAGCACAGCCCUUGAAGAUCGUGCUAUUGUCUUUGCAGCUGUGAUGGCAUCCCGGCAGGCUGGGCUCUUGAUUGGUCCAGGGUUGAACAUCUUCCUAAGGUUGUGUGAUUUCCAGCUUGGUCCAUUUGUUGUGAACAAGUACACUGCUCCAGGACUGUUCAUGUGCCUGCUCUGGACGUUGCUUGAGCUAGCAGUGCUGCUGAUGUACUGGGACCUCCCUCCACAAGAAGGCAGUAACAGCAAUGUUUUGGUGAGGGAGGUGGAGGAGGAGGGCGAGAGCGAUGAGGAGAAACUUCUGAUGAGCUCUGAAGAGCACUCUGGGUUUUACGGCACCGUUUCUUCAGAGCAGUUGCAACCGACUGCAGGAUGCAGCACUGAUUCACCUAGUCUUCCCCCACCCCCCUCUCCCUUGCCGCUAUGUAUUCGUUUGAACCCCUUCAAGAAUGUGAGCACCAGUGGGGAUCUUCUGAGGGAAGAGGUAAUGGUUCUUCUCAUGGCCCAGUUCAUCACACUCUUCAACCAGACUGCCUUAGAGGCCAUGGUGACUCCUCUCACACAAAAGUACUUCAACUUUGGUGAGCUGGAGAACAGCGUGAUGUACUGCAUUUGUGGACUGGAGGUGAUAAUCACGUUCUUCUUCCUGCGCUGGCUGACUGGACGCAUGGCUGAACGUGAAGUUCUGGCCUUAGGACUGAUAGUCUCCAACAUCUCUUGUGUCUGGUGCCUCAUUUUCCUGACCAACCCUCAGGGUGGGUUCCGAUGGCAGUUAACAGAGUUCAUAAUUGGGGUGUUCUUACAGGUACUAGGAUUGCCCUUUGUUAGUGUUUCCUUGGUGUCCCUCUUCUCCAAGAUAACUGCAGAGAAGAGCCAAGGGUUCAGCCAAGGCAUUCGUCGCUCUGUAGGAGGACUGGCCACUAUUCUAGGACCCAUUUGGGCUGGGGGCCUUACAGGGAACCUUUACAUCAUGCUAGGGGUCAUGAUGGGCCUUCUCACGCUGCUCUCUGUUAUGAUGUUUUUCUCCUACAACCGCCUGGUAGAACCACGUAUUGUACAGCAUGGUGACAUUUCAGAGGAUUGUGGGUAAAACGGAAGGCAAGAAAGCUCAUCCCCGUAGCAUGCCCGAAGAUUGACCUACAGAGAGCGAUGGCAAGGGAAUUUCGUGGAGACUGGGACAUGGUUUCUGUUGAACAGAGCAUGUUACUUUCUGUGCAACGACAACGUUUGCCAGCCAUUUUGCUUUCCUCACGUCCCUGUAUUGGGAGGAUUUAGCAUUUUUACAUAAUAUUCAGCUAUCUAAUACAUAUGGGAAGGGAAACGAUAAAAAAAGUGGAAAUAUAGCGACUAUCAACAAAAUUUAUAUUAUGUUCACUUCAUUGAGUUUUGGUAAAUAUAGCAUUUCACCCCCCCACCCUUAUAAGAUCACACUUUGUCCUCUAAGUGCUAUCCAGUAUUAUCACUUGAUUGCUGGAAUUCCAAAAUUAAAUUUUUUUUUUUAAAUUGUUUU